AUGUUCCGUCUGGGAUUUUGGGUGGCUAUCCUGCUCUGGAUUUGUGCCCCCGGUGUGGUCCGCAGUGACUGCUGGCUGAUCGAAGGUGAUAAAGGUUACGUAUGGCUCGCUAUCUGCAGCCAGAACCAGCCUCCGUACGAGACUAUCCCCCAGCACAUCAACAGUACCGUGCACGAUCUGCGGCUAAACGAGAACAAGCUCAAGGUGGUGCUCUACUCCUCCCUCAACCGCUUUGGCAACUUGACUGACCUCAACCUAACGAAAAACGAGAUCUCGUACAUCGAGGAUGGCGCCUUCAUGGGGCAGUCCAAUCUGCAGGUGCUGCAGCUGGGCUACAACAAGCUCACCAACCUGACCGAGGGCAUGCUGCGCGGCAUGGGCCGCCUCCAGUUCCUCUUCGUGCAGCACAACCUGAUCGAGGUGGUCACUCCCAACGCUUUCGUGGAAUGCCCCAGCCUCAUCAGCAUCGACCUGUCCUCCAACCGCCUCAGCCGGCUAGACGGCAGCACUUUCACCAGCCUGAGCAAUCUGAUGGUGUGCGAACUGGCUGGGAACCCCUUCAACUGCGACUGCAACCUCUACGGUUUCCUCAUGUGGCUGGUGGCCUUCAACAAUGUCACAAAGAACUAUGACCGUCUGCAGUGUGAGACUCCUCGGGAAUUCGCUGGCUACCCACUUCUUGUGCCUCGGCCACACCACAGCCGCAAUGCCAUCACCAUUUUCAAGUCGAUGUGUGGAGAUGGCCCCUUCCCAUCCAUUACCAGGAUCAAUCCCACACCAUUCAUGCCGGAUUCUCAAAGGGACCCAGACGACAAUGCUGAGAACUCCGGCAUUAGCCCUGGAGACUUCCUCUCGGUUGAGCCACCGGCAUCUUCCACCACGGAUUCCUCCUUUAACCCCAGCAUCAAGCUCCAGCAGGUGACUAUCACCUCAGCUGCCCUGGUGGUCACAAUCCCAUCACCGUUCAGCAAGAUGUAUGUACUGGUUCAGUACAAUAACAGCUACAUCUCUGAUGUAAUGACUUUGAAGAAGAAGAAGGAGGUUGUCACUCUCACCCACCUGAAGGCUCACACUGACUAUACAUUCUGUGUGGCUUCUAUACGCAAUUCCAAACGUUAUAACCACACCUGCCUCUCCUUUGCCACCAGGAGCAAAGGGAGAGAAGACCCAAUGCCCAACACUUCCACCACUACCCACUACAUCAUGACCAUAUUAGGCUGCCUUUUUGGAAUGGUUAUUAUCCUUGGCAUUGUCUAUUAUUGCCUGAGGAAGCGCAGAAUGCAAGAGGAGAAGCAAAAAUCCCUCAACGUCAAGAAAACCAUUCUAGAGAUGCGUUACGGCUCAGAUAUUGAUACCAGUUCAAUUGUUCAUCCAUCCCAGAAGCUGGGAGAGCCACCGGUCAUCCCUGUCUCACGGAUGUCCUCUCUUCCAUCCAUGAUUGGUGAGAAGAUGCCCCCAACCAAAUCUAUGGAUACUGGCAUGGAGACUCCCAAGGUUACCACCAAGGGCAAUUAUAUUGAGGUUCGGACAGGAGGAGGGGAUGGGCUGGAGAGGUCUCAGAGGGACGAUGACCUGCACGAACUGGACAAUGGGCAAGGUUCAGCUGCUGAAAUUUCAACAAUUGCCAAGGAAGUAGAUAAGGUGAACCAGAUAAUCAACAACUGCAUUGAUGCCCUCAAGCUGGACACAGCUUCUUUCUUGGGGGGAGGGGGUGGCGUUGACUCUGACAUGGGUUUUGAAUGCCAGUCCAUACCAGCUGGUUCAUCCAGUGGGCUGGAACGACCAAGUUUCCUCUCACCAUCCUACAAGGAGAGCUCCCAUCAUCCCCUGCAGCGCCAACUCAGUGCAGAUGCUGCUGUCACCAGGAAAACCUGCAGUGUCUCUUCCAGUGGCUCCAUCAAGAGUGCCAAGGUCUUCAGCCUUGAUGUACCUGACCACCCCCAGAUGAGUAAGGGAGACUCCAAGUACAUUGAGAAAGGCAGUCCACUCAACAGUCCCUUGGAUCGUCUUCCCCUCGUGUCCCCAGGUGCCAUCCAUGAGAGUGGCGACACCUUAAGCCAGCGGGUGUCCUUUCUUAAGCCACUCUCCCGUUCCAAGCGGGACUCCACAUAUUCUCAGCUCUCACCCAGACAUUACUUCUCGGGCUAUUCCUCCAGCCCAGAGUACUCCUCAGAGAGCACCCAUAAGAUCUGGGAGCGUUUCCGGCCUUACAAGAAGCACCACCGGGAGGAGGUUUACAUGGCGGCCGGCCACGCCCUGCGAAAGAAAGUCCAGUUUGCCAAGGAUGAGGAUCUGCACGAUAUCUUAGAUUACUGGAAAGGAGUCUCUGCUCAACAGAAGUUGUGA